AUGAGGGAUAUCGUCACCCUGCCCGCCGCCAAAGGACGCUCGACUGUUGUCAUGGAUAAGACCGAUUACACGACGAAACUUCAAAGUCUGUUGGAGGAAGAAGGUGCCUAUGAGCUUUCGGAGACUGGAGAGUUCAAGAAGCACGUGAAUAGCAUAAACAGAGCAAUAGACAAGCUGAGGAAGGCAGGAGCCCUCAAAAGAAAUGAGGCAUUGGCGGCAAAAGCCACAGAUGCCGCCAUGGCGCGUUUCUACGGCCUGCCAAAAGUCCAUAAGCCAGGAGUCCCCCGACGCCCCAUAGUCUCCCUACGCGGCACCCCGACCUUUGGACUCUCAAAAUGGCUUUACCAACGGUUUCGUUUCCUCACCGAGGGCUCGGAAUGGACGGUGAAGUCGGCUGAAGAAUUCCUGAAAAGCAUCAGAAACCUAGAAAUAGAACCAGAUGAGAUGAUGGUAUCGUUCGACGUGGUCUCAUUAUUCACGUCCAUUCCAACCGGCCUCGCCAUCAGCACAAUUGACGAGCUUCUUCAGGAAAAGUAUGAUGACGUUAACCAACAACUUAAGCGAACGCACAUUACUGAACUCCUGGAAUUGUGCCUCAGGACUUUCUUCACUUUUGGCGACCGGGUUUACGAGCAGAAGAAGGGAACACCGAUGGGAUCCCCCCUGUCUGGGUUGAUUGCUGAGGCCGUUUUGCAGAGGCUAGAACGACUAGUCUUCCGUUCGUACUCCCGAAAAUUCUGGGCCAGAUAUGUCGACGACACAUUUGUCGUAAUCAAGAGGAACGACGUUCAGAACUUCAAGGUCCUACUGAACUCAAUAUUCCCCGACAUCCAAUUUACAAUGGAAGAGGAGAACAACAGCCAAUUGCCCUUCCUCGACGUGAAUGUUGCAAGGACGAUUAGUGGGAGGAUAAGAACUACGGUGUACCGUAAGGCGACGAAUACCAGACGCAUCCUCCAAUUCCAAAGUAAUCAUCCUAUUGGUCACAAGCGAAGUUGUGUGAGAACUCUCUUCCAACGAGUUCAAACACACUGUAGCGACGACGACGGGAAAAAGGAGGAGACAAAAUACCUACAUGCUUUAUUCACAGCCAAUGGUUACCCACGAUCCUUCAUACGUGAGUGCCGACGAAAGACUACCCGUCAGCGAUCAGACGGUGAGAAGCCGAAGUUUUGGCUGGCGAUCCUCUAUGUGAAGAAUGUUUCCGAGGCGACAGCUAGAAUCCUAAACCCUUUUGGGAUUGGGGUGGCCCAUAAACCGGAAUCCACCAUCAGACAGCAGGUAAUGAGACCCAAAGACCCGCUACCGGCAACGGAACAAUCAGCAGGGGUCUACAGCAUACCGUGCCAAAAUUGCAAUGCACGGAAUGUUGGUGAAACGGGGAAACGCCUCUGCACAAGGCUGCAUGAGCACCAGCUUGCAGUCAACCGCGAGGAUAAACUGUCACUGGUAUAUGGCCACAUGCAACAGGAGAAACACAGUUUCGCCUUUGGGAAGCAAGCGUCCUCGGUCGAGCCCAUGACCAGAUGGCUAGGCUGGUGCUCGAAAGCUGGUCCUCAUUUGGCACAAUCAACAGGGUUAUUGAUCUUCAUCCGGCCUACCAGGCGCUGCGUACAAGACUCCAGUCAGUCCAGACGGGGCCGACAGUACUGGCGAGCGAGUCGCGGCUCUUUCAACAGUUGUCACCUUCACAGCAGGGGGAAGGAGCCAGCCGGAGGUCACACGACUAACGCGAGACAUCGCGCCAACGGCGCGCCCAGACAGCCGAGCGUGAUUCGCGCAUGCAACGGCAACUGA